UCUCUCUUGUUCUUUUUCUUCAUAUGUACCAGACAGUUUGUUUACAUAAUAACAAUAAUAAUAGCAAUAAUUAUAUCAACAAUAGCGAUAUGCAAGCCAAAACUUAUAAUCUUUUAUGAGUUUUAAACAUUUAAAUAAUAAUAAUAAUAAUUACAGCGAUAACAAUAAUGAAUGUUUAGUUUUAGUAUAGUUAAUAGUUAAUUAAAUUGUGACAUAAUAACACAGAGGAUAAAUAAACAAUACGCUGCUCAGACAUGAUGAAUCGAAAUAUGACAACAGAAGAUAAUUCAAGUGCCAAAAGAACAACAUCAUCAUCAUCAUCACCAUUUAAUAAUAAAGAUUCAACAAAUUAUACUUACAAUAAUUAUAAUAAUUCAAAUUCAAAUACAAAUACAAUAAGUGUUAAUCAGCCAUUACCUGGUCAACCACCAUUACCACCAAUGCCACCACCACCAUUACCAGGUUCACUUCCACCAUUACCACAUGUAUUUUCAACAACAGUACAAUUACCACAGUUACCACAAUUACCACAGGUAACACAAAUACAAACAUGGUCACAUGCUCAACCAACAUGGCAAUGGAUGGCACCACAAACAACAGUAUUAUCAUCACAAUCAGCUGUUAAUAAUAUGCAACAACAACAACAACAACAACAUUUACAACAACAAGCUGUUAAUCGUGCUAAAUUUAAUAGACGUAACAACAGAUUCAAUAAUCAACAUAAUAUUAAUGUUAUUUAUCCACAAAGAAGUAUUAAUAAUUUUAAUCGUAAUAAAAAUCGUCGUCAAUCAUUGUCAUCUUCAUCACCACAACCACAAUUACCAUCACAGCAACAACAACAGCAGCAACAACAACAACAACAACAUGCAAAUUCUUAUUUCAGUGGUCAAGUAUUACAACUUCAUCAACAGCAGCAGCAGCAACAACAACAACAGAAUAUUGAAUGGCAAAGAAUGAAUAAUUAUAAUAACAACAACAAUAAUAGUAAUAAUAGUAAUCAAAUUGGUGAAAAUUCAAAUGCAUCAACAACAGCUACCCCAUCUGAACAACAUAAUAAUAAUAAUAAUAGUAGUAAUAAUAAAAAAGAUUCUUGUGAGCGUGAAGAUAUUAAAAUAGUAUCAGAAAUAUCAGUUAAUAGUAAAAAAACAAAACAAAGAAAACCAAUGUCACAAAAUUAUCCAAGUAGACCUUGGAAUUUAAAAGAUGCUGAAACAGCAUUAGCCAUUGAGAGAGAUUAUAAUCAACGUGUAAGAGCACAAAGUUUAAUUAUUAAAUUUCCAGAUCCAGAUUUAAAUAAAGAUGUUGUACGUAAAUUUCAUAAUGGUAUACAAAAUAUACAUUUUCAAAGUCCAAGUGGACCACGUUAUUGUUUUGUACAAAUGGGUGAAAAUGUUAAUAUUGAUGAGGCUAUUGAAGAACUUGAAAAAAUUAAAUUUGGUGUUGGUUAUUUAAAAGUUGAAAGAAAAGCAUUAAAAAAAGAAGAAGAAGAUUUACGACCAGAAAUCAUUGAUCCAUAUACAUUGUAUGUUGGUAAUUUGCCAGAAUCAGUUAAUGUCAAUGAAUUAAAAAGUAAAUUUCCAACAGCAACACGUGUUGAUGUUGGCUAUGCACAAAAAAUGCGUAAUACACGUUAUGCAUUUGUGAGAUAUCCAACUGUUGAAGAGUCCAUUGCUGUUUAUAAAAAAUCACAAGAUCUCAUGUGGGACACAAGAAGUACCAUUGUCAGAUUUAGACGUGAUAAAAAAAGUAAAACACCAUCACAACAAAAUGAAACAACUAAAAAUAUCAAUAAAAAAGUUAAAAUUGAUCCAGAUGAUGUCAUUAAAAAAGAAACUGAUGAUAAUAAUAUUUCAUUAUGCAAUGGUAAAACAAAUGUAAUUGAUAAUCAAAUUCAAUUAUUAAACAAUGAAUCAUCAAUUAUUAAUAAUAAACAAAUUCAAAUUGUUUCAUCAUCUGAUAAUCAACAAAUAUUGACAAAUGAUCAAGUUGUUAACGAUAGUGUCAUUGAUAUUCCAAGUGAUAUUGAUCAAUUGACAAUGAUAACGACAAUCAAAGAAGAACCAGUUGAUAUACUUGAUGAUGAAUUAUAUUUAUCAAUGAAUGACGAUGAUUCAGAUGAUGAAAUUGAAAUUCCAGAUGAGCUGGAUGAUACAAAUGAUGAAAUUGAUGAUGAUGAUGAUGAUGAUGAUGAUAAUAAUGAUGAUAAUGAUGAUGCUAACGAGGAUGAUGAUAAUGAUAAUUUACUUGACAAUAGUGCCAUACAAAAUCAUCAAAAUAAUGAUGAAAAUAAAAAUUCUCCUGAUAAUCUUGAUCACAUGUUUGAUGAACUGGAAAACAUUGGUGAUUUGAGCUAAAUAUAAAUUAUUUCAAUCAAUUUUAUUAUGAUUUUAUUAUGAAUAACUUUCAACAAGGACUUCCACAAAUACUAUCAAUGAGAAAAAAAAUUCAUUAUAUGCGCCAUUUAAAAUAUCAUAGAGUGACAUCUAUAAAUAAAAAGAUGGCGGGGAAAAAGGCGGGAGAAAUACACAAAAAAGUAGGAGAGAAAAUGAAAAGAGAGAGAGAGAGAAGGAGGAAAAAAAAAAAAAGAAAAGAACCAAGCCGGCUGUUGCGUCGUUCCGUUGUUCAACAUUGUUCAACAUAUUACUUGAUAAAGCAGGUGUUGAUUUGUCAUUAAUAUUGUCCUCAUUGUUGUUUAAUUGCAACAAUUAUAUAGUGAAUCUUAAAUUAUUUAAACAAAUAAAAUAGUUAAAAA